CUUGAAUAUCGUAACUAAGUAAAAUAAAAAGAAUUAAAAAUAAAUCAUCAAAUCAAUUAUUUAUUUGAAAAUAUUAAUAUGACAGCACGUAUUAUUUUUCAAGUAUUUGAUCAAUAUCAAAAAGCACGAUUACUUUUUGUACAAUCCAUUGCUGAUCUUGCAUCAAAGCCUAACAAUAUUGAAUGUUUGAAAGCUGCGGGUGUUAUAAAUUUGCUUAAACCUUUGUUAUCAGAUGUAGUCCCUUCUAUUCAGCAUAUGGCUGCAAUUGCAUUGGGUAAAUUAGCAAAUCAUGAUAUUAAUUUGGCACAGAAUAUUAUUCAAGAAGAUAUUUUACCACGUUUGUUGCACAAUAUUGAAAAACAAAAUAAAUUUUAUAAAAAGGCAGCAUUAUUUAUAUUACGUGCUAUUGCAAAACAUUCACCAGACACAGCAUCAAUUAUAGUACAAAUGAAUGGACUAGAUGCAAUGAUUAUAUGUUUAGAAGAUUUUGAUCCUGGUGUUAAAGAAGCAGCUGCUUGGGGAUUUGGAUAUAUAGCUAGACAUAAUAAAAAUUUAGCACAAGCUACUGUAGAUGCAGGUGCAGUACCUCUCCUUGUUUUUUGUUUGCAAGAGCCAGAGUUAUGUCUUAAACAAAUUAGUAUAUCAGCUCUUUGUGAUAUAAGUAAACACAGCAAGGACUUAGCUCAUACUAUUGUGGAUGCUGGUGCUAUUCCGUAUUUAUCAAAAGCAUUAUCUAAUCCUGAUGUCAAACUGAAGCGACAAGUUCUAUCAACAUUAGGGAGCAUAGCAAAACACAGUGCAAAUUUAGCAGAAACUGUUGUAGAGGCAGAAGUAUUUCCCAAUGUUUUAUUACACAUGGGUCAUCCUGAUGAAAAUGUAGCUAGAGCUGCAGCAAUUCUUACCAAAGAAGUUUGCAAACAUACUUCAGAACUGGCACAAUUGAUUGUCAAUGUUGGAGGUAUAGGUGCCUUAAAUGAAUUAAUAAAUACAUCAAAGUUAACAAAUAAACUACCAGCAAUAAUGGCACUUGGUUAUAUUGCUGGACAUUCUGAUCAGUUCGCUACAGCUAUUAUUGGAUCGAUGAGUGUUAUUCAAUUGGCUACAAUCUUAGAAAAUGAAACUGAUGAUCAUAUACUUGCUGUGACUGCUUGGACAUUAGGUCAAAUAGGAAAACAUACACCAGAACAUGCAAAAUCAGUAGCUGAUGCAAAUGUUCUUCCAAAAUUAUUAGAAUUUUAUAUCAAUUCAAAGAGUUCAGAUGAUCUAAAAAUGAAAAGUUAUAUGUCAUUAAAGCAGAUACUUCAAAAAUGUUUGCAUAUUGAAGCAUUAGAAACACUCCUCUAUGAUGCUCCUCCAAAUGUCUUGAAAUAUAUACUUGGACAAUUUAGCAAGAUAUUGCCAUAUGACGCGAGAGCAAGACGAUUAUUUGCUACAUCAGGAGCAUUGAAAAAAGUGCAAGAAAUACAAGCUGAACCAGGCACAACACUUAUGGAAUACAUAAUGCUUAUCAAUUGUUGCUUCCCUGAAGAAAUUAUAAGAUAUUUUUCGCCAGGAUAUCCAGAAACAUUAUUAGAAGCAAUAGAACAGUAUCAACCAAAAUGUCCUUCCUUAUUAUCAUUGAAUCAAAAAAUGUCUGAUGAUUCUUCUACCUUUUUUAUCUCAACGUACGGGGAAUAAGGUUAACUGCAAGAUAGUAUUACCUAUAUGUGAAACAUUCGUAUUUAGAAAAUAUAUUUUUAUUACUCUUAUUUAAAAAUAAAUCUAAAUUGGAAAUAACUUAAUAUAAAGAUAUAAUAAAUAUCAAUAUUUAUACAAUUAAUAUGUAUGCGUUUCAAUUACUUCGCAAUUAAAUAUGCAUAUUCAAACUAAAGCAGAUACAGAAAACUGCACUUCUAAUGCAGGCAAUACAGUUAUAUCGGUCAUACCAUAUGCUAGUCAACAGAAGACUUCCAGAAAGCAACGUUAGAUGGCGCAACGAUCAACUGCAGUUGAUCACAUGUUACUUCCGGCGCCAUUCUUCCGAAUUAUGCUCUUAUAUAUUAUUUGACUCGAUUAUUCAUUGAAUAAAAAGUAAAUAUUAUACCUUACAAUUUUAGUAUUAAAAGCACAAGAAAUAUUUGAGAUUUUUGUGAAUGCAGUGGUUGAUGUUGACCGUCUCCUUAAUACGAAGAAUUAAAAAUCCUAACCUAAAAUUUUAAAAUAACAAUAG